CUACAGCUGUACUUGACCAUACCGCGUCGCGCGCAACUAAAGUAGCUCCACAUAUCGCUAUCACAUUCACAUAUCGCAUUUGGAGACACACUCAUAAAUCCCACAAUGCCGCCGAAACGACGAGUAUCUGGCCCUACGGCCAAGUCGCAGCAGUCGACCCUCGCAUUCCACGGAGGUGCCAACAAAGUCACAAAGCCUGGCGCAAGAGCGCAGGACGCAAAGAAGAGCCUCCUUUCAAAGAGCGCAACGAAGGCCGUCAAGCCGGAGAUCAUCGGCCUUGAGACCGUCGAAGAAGCGAAGCCUACGACCGUGGAGGCUGACAUCAUCGACCAAACCGAGAAGGAAGUCGCGGCGCAGAAGGCUGAAAGCAAUCUAGAGGACGAGGCUGCCAGGCGUAUAACAGAUGCUGCAAUCAAGAAGUACUGGGCUACGAAGGAGAAGCAAAGAGUGGCACCCAGAGUACAUCAGGGUGAUCUGAGCUUGCAUGAGAAGAUAUUGCGGGAAUUUGACAUGAGCGGACAGUAUGGUCCCUGUACUGGUAUCGCACGACUCAAGCGCUGGAAGCGUGCGAACCGUUUCGAGCUCGAUCCUCCAAUUGAGGUGCUUGCUGUUCUCCUGAAAGAGCAAGAAAGCGCCAAGGACAAGCUUGCAGUCCAGCGAUCCCAUGUGGACGAGCUGCUGAACACCAGGACCGAAGUUGAGGCAUGAGAAGGAAGAGGAGGUCGCUUCCGAGCAUAUUGGCGGAAUGUCCCACGACCAAUGUGACGAUGUAGUUUUAUGUACUGCUUGGUGUUUGGAGUUACAGUGGUGGGUUUCAGCGCCCACAAGCAUCGAUACCUGGGCAGGCACGGCAAGACGACUUUUGUAAGCCAUGAAACGCUGCACGCGAGCAGCUGCGCCGAGAGAUCGAAGUAUUUACUCGUUCUCAACAAUUUGGAA